AAUGACUGCAAUGUGCUUCCACAUGAAGACCAAGCCCUGCCACGGGGGCUGGAGAGCUCCUGGCCUGCUACUGCUGCUGCUGGCACUGGCCACCGCUGGGGCCGUGGCUGGAGGGCUUCUUGGCUUCGCUCACAGCCCUCUCAAGCCACUGCUGCAGACGCUCCGUCUGACCCUCCCGAGCCCCAGGGUGCCCCGGACCAACCAAACCGAACAGGUGGAUGUGGCCCAGAAUGUGGCAACCAUCAGGGUGACUCCAGCUCAGAGCAACCACAGCUGGGCAGUGCUGUUCGACGGGCAGAGCGUGAGUGGCCUGGGGAGGGGGGUGGGGGUGGGGGUGGAUGUUCAGGUGGCCCUGCCUCACCUGCCUGCCUUCCCAGGGUUGUGUCUGUUACCGCCCCUCAGAGCACCGGGCCUGCUUCCUCCGCCUAAUGGAACCCAGAGACCGCGAGACCCUGCAGCUGCUGGUGAACACCUCUUGGGUAAGGAGCCUCCACCCAAGGGCCAGACAAAGGGUCCUGUGUGUGGCCUGGGCCCGGGGCAGGAUGGGGCUCCAGUUUCAGGGGAACAGAAGCUCUAUCUUCCUUUGGUUGAGGCUGCUGACAAGAGCCAGGGCAGGGCUGGCACAAUGCCAGCAUGUCCAGGGACACGUGGGCCCAACCCAGCCAGGGGCAGUGCGAGUGUCCUUCUCUGCAGCCCCAAGGGACUCGCAGCCCCAGCCAGGACACCCACUAUGCCCAGGAGCUGCUGGCAGUGCUUGGGAGCCAUGAGGUGGACCCUGCCCAGGUGGGGGCUUCUGUGCGGAACCUUUGUGCAAAGACCCCCAUUUACUGGGCCCGACGAGCAGAGAGUGAGUUGGGGCAGGCUGUGCGGAGGGGCCUGGGCUCCCACAGGACAGUCGGUGGCGGGGUGGGGAAGGAGUCCUUUGGGGAUCAUGGAGGCCCCUCCCCCCAGGGCCCCAGAGGCAGCGGCUGAUCUACCUAUGCAUCGACAUCUGCUUCCCAAGCAACAUCUGCAUGUCCGUCUGCUUUUAUUACCUCCCGGACUAAGCCCUUGCAGCGCAGCCCCUCAGGCCAGCCAGCUGGCCGGCGCAAUCACCAGUCCAUGGAGGGUAGCCGCUGGCGGGGCUAAUAAACAACUCCACCUGGCCGUGACGGUGUCCUCUGUGGCCUCGGGACACGAAACAGUGGCAGGGACGGGAAGGAGGAGGCACUGGCUUCGGGGUGGGCACCAGCCUCGGAUCCCCCUCAGCGGCUCUAGGCCCUGUGGGUCCAGAAUUUCUGAAGGGAGUGCAAGCUGCCUAGGGUGGGCCUCCUGAGCCUCCUCACAUCCAUAUAAGCAACCGGGGCUGACA